AUGUCCGUGGACGUCGCUCUGUCGGUCGAGGGCCAAAGAGCCCAACACAGCGCUGCGCCUGGAGCAGCGCUGCCAGUGGGAAGCGAUGGCGAAGUAGGCCACGGAGGCGACGGAGGCUGCGAGCUCAGCGAGCUCAGUGAGCUCACCGAGCUCCAGCAGCUGGAACAGGAAUGCCAGGAGCGUGCCGCUGCCGUGUCAAGGCUGUGGGCACGUGUGGCCGAUUUGCGGCGCCUCGAACGAGUUGCGAUGGCAGGGGCGGAUUCUGAGAGGCUCUCCCUGCUGGAAAAGCUCCGCAAAGAUUUGCUGAGCACUUCAGAGUUUCGAAGCCUCGCCUCUGAGCUUGACCAUGCAUUGCCCACGCCACCUGGGCAGAGUGAUGCUGUUGUGAGCGAGGACGUCACGGUAGCCUCCCUGUUGCUGGAAAUCACCGCUCUGCGCCAACUGCUGGAGGAGGAGACGGCGGCCGAGCGAUCGCAACAGAGUCGCGAGAGUCGCGAGCAAAGGCCCGCGCCCAGAGUGCCCGCGCCGGCUGUGCCGCUCCAGGUCGAGCAGAUGCCGCAGGCACGCACGAAUUUCCCCAGUGCAGUAGCUGCUGGAUUCAGACUUGCUGAAGGCAAAGGGCAAGUCACCAGGGAACGCAAAGCAACGCGGAAAAAAUGCCUGCUGAAUCUGACAAAGAUCUGA